AUAUAUUGGUACUUGUCCAAAAUAAUAUUUUAGAAUAAACCUCAUUGCUGAUGCUGGAAAUCUUAGCCAAAGUCAAUGUUAUUAGCAAUUCUAAAUUUAGUUGAAAUGAUAAUAGCCUAUAUAUACACUGCACGUUCUCGUAGGCCUAGCUACUAUAACACAUUGACAUAGUUGUCGUGGAUUCUGACUAACUUUCCACAGAAUUGCUAGUGUUGGACAAUUUUUGCUUUGCAGUUAUAUGCUGUAGUUUGGACCCUUUUUUAUGGGUGGGGUCUUUUAGUGUUAUAUUGACAAGCAAUAUGAAAUAUUCAUCAAUGAUAAGCAAUUUCAGUAUUAGGAAUAGUUAAAAAAAUGUUAAAAGAAUAGGCACAUGAGAUUUAUAUAGUUUAAGGCCGUCUUUUGACAAAUUAGUGUAACAGAGUGCAUGAUUAAUUAAAUUUGAAUCCUGAUCAUUAGUCUCCGCUUAUUAAAGGGACCAAACCCCGGACAUCUGGCUUACUAGUUUAACACUCAACCGAUCAAGCUAAAGAGAAGAUCUCUCUAAGAUUGCUGAAGACAGCAUGGUAGUAAAUCUCACCAUCAGCCUUUUGAACAACACAAGUGCUGUAUAUUCUCCUGGACAAACAAUUCAGGCUAAUGUCCAGUUCAACUCAACAGAGAGCAACCGUGUGAAAGGAGUGUUUGCUAAAUUCAAAGGAGAGUCCCACACGAGUUGGUCAACUGGAUCUGGGGACAAUAAACAAAGCCACUCUCAGACUGAGCAGUAUUUCAAAACAGAGAUAUCACUAUUCCAAGUUCCUGAUGGAGACUUUGUGGAACUAGAUCCAGGAAACUAUGACUACCCAGUCAACUUUGUAUUGCCUCAGGUCUUGCCCUCUUCCUUUGAGGGUGGGACUGGCUAUGUGCGGUACUUGAUCAAAGCCAAAGUCAAGAUAAAGGGUGGAGCCGUUUACAGGGUACAGCAUCCGUUCACAGUCAUCUUUAUGCUGGACCUAAACACUAUACCAGAGGCCAGGAUGCCGACUCAGAUGCAGGAUACUAAGACUGGAUGUUGUUGGUGUUGUGAAACAGGGCCUGUUACCUGUAUGAUGAGAUUAGAUAAACAGGGCUACGUUCCCGGGGAAAGUAUUUACAUCAACGCUGAGGUCACCAACAAUGGCACGUCAUCGAUCAGUAAGACCACUAUUAGCCUCCAUAUGACAACAGAGUUCCGAGCUCAUAGCAGUACAACUAAUCGUCACAACGUUAUAUCGACAAUUUCCCAUGGGGCUGUGGGCCCUGGAGAGUCUGAUGUUUGGAGCGGUGACCAACUUGCUGUACUACCCACCCCGCCAUCUUACCUCUACGGGUGUUCUAUAAUUGAUAUCAAGUAUACAUGUCAGCUUGCUGCUGACAUGGAAGGAUCAUUAAUGGACAUUAAGUUUGAUUUGCCGAUCAUAAUUGGCACAAUCCCGCUGCGCCCUGAAGGUCAGUUUACUCCUCAACCAGCCCCUGUAUUGUAUCCAGGACAACAGCCACAAAACUGGGGGAUUACCAACAACCAGCAACCAGACGGUAUACCGUUAGACAACAUGGCGGCUGCCCAACCCAUUGUCUCACAACCGACUCUCCCCGCUGAUGCACCACCAAGCUAUGAGGAAUGCAUGACAACAGACAGAGUCCGAAUCAUGCGUCAGAACAGCACCAGUGCAGACCAAGAGGAAGAAUUCACCAACUUCACCCCUUCCUACCCAUAUUACAAACAGAAGUCAUAAUCAACUAUUAUGGAGGACUA